AUGACUACCCAGAAGCAAGUUUCCAUAAUAGUGGCUGCCUUAUUACCAAGCUUUGGUAUUGGCUACAAAAAUCAACUACCAUGGAGACUUAGAAAUGAAAUGAAAUAUUUCAAAAAUGUCACAACAAAGAAUAUAUCGCCAAAUCAUAAAAAUGCAGUGAUAAUGGGCAGAAAAACCUGGGAAUCUAUUCCUAGUAAAUUCAGACCACUGCCUGAUCGUUACAAUGUUAUAUUGACAAAGCAAGAUGUUAGCCAGUUUGAACAGUUAGAGAAUGUUAGAUAUGCAAAUGCUAUUGAUGAAGUAUUACAAGAUUUAUUACAAGAUGAGAAGAUUGGUAAAAUUUUCAUUAUUGGUGGUUGCGAAAUUUAUAAUAGAUCAUUGUUUAGUAAGUUGGUUGAUAAUUUAUUGAUCACUGAGAUUGUUCACAAGAAAGAUGGUGAAGUUAUUGAAAUGGAUACUUUUUUGGAUAAAGAUUAUAUAUUGAAUAAUUUUACAAAAGCUUCAGCAAAUGAUUUGAAAAAAUUUGUUGGUGAAGAUAUUGAAUUUGCAGACUCAAAAGUGGUUGAAGGUGAUUUCGAAUAUGAGUUUACAUUGUACAAAAGAAAUUGA